AUGGACUCCGCGUACGAUCCUUCCUCCGAGGCCGAGCUCCCAUCUUGUGGCGGGUGCAGGAAGCGAAAGCUCAAGUGUUCGAGACAGAAACCGGCUUGUUCCAAUUGCGAGCGGCUACAAACGACAUGCGUCUAUGAAGCACGGCGGGCCAAGCCGGGGUUGAAGAGUGGUGCCGUGGAGGGUCUCAAUCAGCGGCUAGGUAUGGCUUCAUGUUACGCUACUGUUGCCCUUGACUUACGAAGGAACAGAAAAAAACCCCGGCGAGGUUAUGACGUGAUUGACGAGGCCCUUGACGAGUUGAUAGAUGUAUACUUUUCUCAUGUACAACCGUGGAUUCCCAUGAUCAACAUGAGAGACUUUAGGACACGGGCUCAAAGCAACAAGGACCAGGUCAAGGUUAUCCUCCAAGCCAUGGCUGUAGCCACGCUUCGAUAUCUUGAACCUGGUGGAGAACCCCUUUCACCAGAGUUUGUGAAGAAUGAGACUUGCAGCCUCAGACGAACAGUUCUAUUGGACGCCUUGGAUGGCCUCACUGUGGAGAACUUACAAGCCCUUAUCAUUAUUGCAUUUACCGAUAUUGGGGAUGGCAACUUGGACAAGGCCUGGCCUAUAAUCGGUUCACUUACGAGGACUGUUGAGUAUAUGGAACUAUCAGUUGAGGCUGAAGACCGUCAUCAGCGACCAGCCGUAUUACCAUCUGCAACUUGUCUACCUCCGCCUCUCAAAUGGGUUGAGGAAGAAGAGCGAAGGAGGGUUUUCUGGAACAUCUUUAUUCUUGAUAGAUGGAACACGAGUCUGACCGCUGCGGAUGUCUGUCGUAGACUACCCAUCUGUGGUGGUAAAUGGUUUGAAGAUGAGCCCGCAGUCACGCCGUAUUUUGGUAUUUGGGAUCGGUCAAGAGCCAAGAUUGGCAACUCCAUCACCUUUCUGCCAGGACACUACCCAAGCCCUUCUCACUCGACAGGCGCAGAAGCUAAUGAUGCCGAGCCUUCGUCACAUGCCCAGAAGAGCUCAGCUACUGUGGACAUGUCCAUGGUUGGCGCGUUUGCUUACUACGUCGAGUCUAUAGAGUCACUGAGCCAGAUAACAACCUACUUUUUGCAGACAAAGAUUGACUUUAACAACCGCCAAGAGGUUUCAAGUUGGCUAACGAGGUUUAAAGAGCUGGAUCUCCGCUUGGUACACUGGAAGAUGUAUCUCCCCCAGCAAUGGAAAGACUCAGGCAUUUCCCGAGAAACAAUGCCUGGAGUCAUGGAUCCAAACAUGACUGUGGCCAAUGCAACCCACAAUAUAUCCCUGAUUCUUCUACACCAACGAAUCGCUUACCCAGAUGCUGAACUGAAUGGAAUUCGACUGCCAAGUCUUUGCAGUGCUGAUACUUGCUACAAUGCUGCGAUGGAGACGGCAAAUAUGACGACCAAAUAUCUAGAGGGCUCAUCACCUAGACUGCCCGUAUCACCGCAACUGGGAAUCUGCGCUUUUGUUAGCGGACGAGUUCUUCUAGGUAAGUGGCCCCUUGUCGUUCAAGCAGAACUAAUGAUGGCAGUUCACUGGCGUUACUAUAAGACGGCUCUGGCUGAAGAGUACAUCGUACUGGUGGAUAAUUUGAAAGAAAUGUCCCGAAGAUGGCAUGGCCACAGAAUGCAAGAUCAACAGUCAUGCUUCUUUUCUCAGCUAUCUGAGCGACUAAGCAAUCUCUACUAUGAGUACCAAGGGGCCGAAGAAGCCACACCAGACUCCACUGGCCGCCCGAGACAGUCAAUAGACGUGGCCCUGGGUCCUCGGAUCCCUAACCCUACAAAUUCUUACCAGCCGUGCCCUCAAGCAAAUGUGGCAUCGCAGUUCUCAGCCCUAGUACCGUCUGUCUCUGUCGGGCAAGGCAAUCAGUGGAGAGCUGCUGACUCUAUAUCUCCGUCCAGCGCCAGAGCAGAUGAAUUGUCUGCAAUAUCGCAGAUCCUGAUGGACAACGACUUUUUGGAGAUGGACAGAAUUAUCAGCUUUGAGGACAUGAUGGCUGCGGGAGAUUUGCAGCACACAGUGCUAUGA